GUGGGAUCUGUCACCUGACUGGCAUCAAGCAUGGCCGCCCUGGAAGCUAAGAUGCAUUUGACUCCCGGCGCAGCUGGUGUGUUGCUUGUAGGGGGUACUGCACGGACGAGAACCUUGAGAAUGCAUUCCGCCUAACGCCUCCCUUUCUAACUCCCUGCACUCCGUGCUGGGAAAAUGAGUUACCCAUUUGGAAAAGAGGAAACCGCUACCGAGGAACAGCUUUUUGAAUUUUUCUGCGAGUGCCUGCGGCGGGGAGACUGGGAGUUGGCACAGGCAUGUGUACCUCAGCUACACCAGGGACAAGGGGAGAUCCCCAAAAAGGUGGAAGAUAUACUCCAGGCGCUGGUUCAGUGUCCCACUCUGCUAAGAUGUGGGCCAGACAUCAACCCUCAAAGACUAGCCUGGCUCUGGCUUCUCAUACUGGAAAAAUGGCUGACCCAAGAAAAGAAAUUACUUUCUGCUGUUGCCCGGAGAAAACUUGAGUUUCUUUUUUUAUCAGAAGACCUCCAAGGUGACAUUCCAGAGCACAUCCUCAAGGAGCUGUUUGAAACCUUAGCACAAGGCCCAGUAGGCAGUAUACCUAACAGAAGUCAGAGACUGGAGAGCGGGACUCCUCAGCUCAGCCACGAAGCCGUCUCCGUGCUCUGGAAUCUUCUGACGCGAGCACCCGGGCCAGCCCAGGCCCUGUUGGAACUCCUGCUUGAGGAGCACCAGGGGGCCAGCCUCUGUCACAGUCCUCUGCAGAAAUCACUGCUGGACCUCAUUCGAAAAGCAUCGCAGAACCUGCGGGAUCCCGCCUCCCAGCAGUCUGGGGUGGCCAGUGCUAUCUGUGGAGCCCUUCAGGCUCUGUGUUACACUGUUGAGCCACCAGAGAGUGAGUGGCGUGUCCUGUGUGAGGAACUGUUGGAGACCUGUAGGACUGAGGGCAGUCCCCUGCAGGAAGAACGGCUGCUUGGUUGCCUGUUGCACAAGGCCGGAAGGAGCCUACUGUCCCUCUACGGCCACAUCUAUGCAGAGAAGGUGACAGAAAGGACACCAAAGGCCACACUUUCAGGAAAAGUGUCCCCAGAUCAUCCAGAUCCUGAGCGGGUAAUGCUGGCCCUGUUCUCCACGCCUGACCCAGCCCGCGCUUGGAAGAUGGCCUUUUUCUACUGCCUGAGUAACAGCAAACACUUCCUGGAGCAGAUCCUGAUAACAGCACUAACCCUGUUGAAAGAGGAAGACUUCCCCAACCUUGGACGCCUGCUUGAUCGAGAGUUCAGGCCCCUCAGCCACCUGCUCAUACUCCUGGGCUGGACACACUGCCAGAGCCUUGAAUCAGCUAGAAGACUACUCCAAACCCUCUACAGGACCCAGGACAGAGGCCACGAUGAGCUUCUCAGGGACGCCUGUGAAGGACUGUGGGCUCACCUGGAAAUCUUGGAGUGGUGUGUACAGCAGAGCAGCAGCCUCAUACCAAAGAGAGAGCUCUUGUGUCACUUACAUGGUGGAGACAGCCACUCCGUGCUCUACUCCCUCCAUCACCUUACAAACCUUCCAGCCCUCAGGGAGGAAGAAGUUCUCAAGCUCUUACAGAAGGUGCCGACCAAGGACCUCCAGCAAGAGCAUGGUGAUACCCAUGAUGCCUCAGUUCCUGAGCACCUGAGCUCGUGUCAGAGCCUGACCCUCUACCAGGGCUUCUGUGCCAUGAAGUACGCUGUCUAUGCCCUCUGUGUGAACUCACAUCGGCACUCUCAGUGCCAGGACUGCAGGGACAGCUCCUCUGAGGACCUGGCCUUGGUGGAGCCAGGCAGUGACUCUCUCCCCUCCCCAGGUGUUUCACAUCUCUUCCCAACAUACCUGGCCAGGUGCCAACAGUAUUUACGCAGUAUCCCCGACUCUCUGUGCCUGGAAAUUCUCGAAAACAUCUUCUCGUUGCUCCUCAUUACCUCUGCCGAUCUUCACCCAGAGCCUCACCUGCCCGAGGACUAUGCUGAGGAUGAUGACACUGAAGGGAAGGGCCCCUCAGGUUUGAGGUCUCCAUCAGAGAGCCCUCAGCACAUAGCCCCACCUGAGAGGAAGUCAGAGCGGGGCUCCCUGGGACCCAGGAGCCUUGCUCAUGCAACGCCAAGUUGUCCAAAGGCAGAGCCGAAAGACAGUUCACCAGGGCCUCCCAACCACAGCUUUUUGGACCUAAAGCACUUUACUAGUGGCAUGAGUGGAUUCCUGGCUGAUGAGGUUGCAAUGGGAGCAUUCCUCAGCCUUAUUCAGGAGCAGCUGGAUAAGAUCAGCAACCACAGCACUCCUGAGGAGACAAAGCUGCCAGAAGGCCACGGCUGUUUGGCAGGCAGAGACGGACUGCAGAACCGCCUGCACCGGUUCUCAAAGGUUCUCUCCGAGGCCCAGUGGCGAUACAAGGUGGUAACAAGCAACCAGGGCUCAGAAGAGCAACCCUCCCGAAGAUACCGGCCCACUGCCACAAGGCAUGCUAGUCUGCGCAGAGGUCGACGGACUAGAAGGAGCAGGGCAGAAGGCCGGGAAAGAGGCUCCAACCCAUCCUUGGAAAGUACAAGUAGUGAGCUGAGCACAAGUACUUCAGAAGGGAGUCUGAGUGCUGUGUCUGGGCAGGUAGAGCUGGACAUCCGGUUACAGCCCCAACCUCAGAGUUCAAUCAUGCCAAUGAUGUUCUCCCCACCUGAGUCCCUGCUGGCAUCCUGUAUUCUCAGGGGGAACUUUGCAGAAGCCCACCAGGUGGUCUUCAUGUUCAACCUGAAGUCCUCACCCAGCGCUGGGGAGCUGAUGUUUGUAGAGCGUUACCAAGAGGUGCUCCAGGAGCUAGCCCGAGUAGAACAUAAGAUUGAAAACCAGAGCUCAGACGCGGGUCACAACACUCUCCGGCGCACGGGCAGUGGGCGCUCGACUCUGCAGGCCAUUGGCAGCGCUGCAGCAGCAGGGAUGGUGUUUUACUCCAUCUCUGACGUGACUGACAAGCUCCUCAGCUCCUCCGAAGACCCCAUCCCCACGCUCCAGGAGGACUUUUGGAUAAAUGCUGCGCUGACAGAGACAACCACUCCUCUUAGAGAAGUUCUGGAAGACCUCAGUCCCCCUGCCAUGGCUGCGUUUGACCUUGCUUGUUGUCAGUGCCAGCUCUGGAAGACCUGCAAACAGCUCUUGGAAACGGCCGAGCGGCGACUGAGCAGCAGCCUUGAGAGCCGGGGUCGAAGGCUAGACCAGUUUGUCCUCAAUCCCGAUGGUAUUCGAGGCUUUCCAGUUGUCCUUCAGCAAAUUAGUAAGAUUCUCAAUUACCCACUCACGUUAACGGGACUAACAAAAUCUGAGAGUCUGGAAGAAAGGGGAGGAGCCGCUCCUCGGUGGAGCAUCUCUGAGCUGCUUCAGAUGUGCUGGCCCAGCCUCACCGAGGACUGCGUUGCCAGCCACACCAGCUUUUCCCAGCAACUGGAUCAGGCUCUCCAGUCACUGAGAGACGCCCUAGCACUCCCAGAGCCCAAGAGUACUCCACUCACUUCCCUAGUGGAGCAGGCCUCGCAGAAAUCCCCUGAGGCAGAAGCCCACCCUGUGUACAUCCAAAGUCAGCUCCUCCAGAAAACCCUAGGGAAACAGACGCUGGUGGGCACCAGGCAGACGGACUAUGUGGGAGCCUUCUUCAGCUACUGCAGCACCCUGGCUGCAGUCCUUCUUCGGAGUUUGAGCUCUGAUCCCGAUUCCGUGGAGGUCAAGGUUGGAAACCCCUUUGUCCUCCUGCAGCAGAGCUCUUCCGAACUGGCAUCACAGCUCCUGCUUGAGCGACAAGUUCCCCCAGACAGGUUGGCAGCCCUUCUUGCAAAAGAGGGUCUCAGCCUCAGUGUGCCACAGGUCAUUGUCAGCUGCUGCUGUGAGCCCCUUACUCUGUGCCCGUCUCGACAAAGCCAGCAGGCUUCAGCCCUUCUGACCCACCUGGACAUGCUGGCUCAGGGGCACACCUCUCACCUUCUAGAUGGCCUGCCCCUCCCUACGCUCAGCUCCCCUCAACCAAGCGAGAAUCUCUCAGCAGAGAGGAAGUCCCGUUCCUCCCCAAAGGAUUCGUCGCUCCCAGCCUUCACCUCCUCUGCCUUGGCCUUCCUGAAGUCCCGCUCAAAGAUACUGGCCACGGUGGCCUGCCUGCGGGCUUCCCGAGGGACGAAAGUGAGCAAGCCCGGCCUGUCUUGGAAGGAGCUGCGUGGUCGCAGGGAGGCACCUCUGACGGCGGAGAAGGUAGCCCAGGAGUGCGAGCACCUCCUGGAACAGUUUCCCGUGCUCGAGGCCGCCCUGCUGGCUAACUGGGAGCCUCUGCGGCAGGCCUCUGAGCCGGGCCAGGGUCUCGCAGCCAGCCUCUGCGGUCAGGCCUGUCUCUCCACUGUGCUCCUGGGCCUGCACUCUCCCGGGGCCUUGGAUGUACUAACUGAGGCCUUUGAGGACGCUCUGGUGACCAGAGAUUGGCCACGGGCCCUUCAGCUCAUUGACGUGUAUGGGCGGGACCUGGACGACCUGAGCUGUGUACAGGAUGCGGUUCUGAGCUGUGCUGCGGCGUGUGACAAGGAAGGUUGGCAAUACCUGUUUCCUGUGAAGGAUGCCUCUCUGAGAAGUAGGCUGGCCCUACGGUUUAUGGACAGGUGGCCCCUGGAGUCCUGCCUGGAGAUCCUGGCCUACUGUAUUUCAGACAUGGAGGUCCAAGAGGAACUAAAAUCUGAGCUACAGAGAAAAUUGAUGGAGCUGCGGGUCUAUCAGAAGAUCCUAGGUUUGCAGGACCCCCCAGUGUGGUGUGACUGGCAGGCCCUGAGGAGCUGCUGUGUUGAGGACCCAUCCUCUGUCAUGAACAUGAUUCUGGAAGCACAGGAGUAUGAACUGUGUGAGGAGUGGGGCCAUCUUUACCCCAUUCCAAGGGAACAUUUGAUUGGUCUGCAUCACAGACAUCUUCUCCACCUGCUAGAAAGAAAAGAACAUGAAAAGGCUCUUCAGCUCCUGCAACGAAUCCCUGACCCCACCAUGUGCCUUGAGGUCACAGAGAGGUCCCUUGACCAGCACCCUAGCUUAGCCACUUCACACUUCUUGGCCAACUACCUCACCUCCCACUUCUACGGAAAACUGACCACUGACCGACACCAUGAAAUCCAGGCGUUGUACGUGGGAUCUAAGGUUCUUCUGACACUGCCUGAGCAGCACCGGGCUAGCUAUGCCCACCUGUCCUCCAGUCCUCUGCUCAUGUUAGAGCAGCUGCUGAUGAACAUGAAAGUGGAUUGGGCCACCACGGCCGUGCGGACUCUGCACCAGUUGCUGGCUGGACAGGAGAUCGGCUUCUCCCUGGACGAGGUUGACUCGCUGCUCUCCAGAUAUGCAGGGAAAGCCCUGGAGCUGCCGUACCCUCUGAGGGAAAAACGAUCAGAUUCCGUGAUUCACAUCCAGGAGCUUGUCCAUCAGGCUUCAGACUCUGAGACCCUGUCUAGAUCAUCGUCAGCUGAGUUCUCUGCUGCUGCUACUGCACCCUUCUUUCCCAGAAAAGGCUCAGCAGAUGUUCAGCCAAACGGUCGAGAGAUCAGGGCUCUGGCUGCUGCUGAGAAUCGCAGUUCUGUUCAGUUCAGUUUCUCUGCUGGAAGUGCCUUAGUCCGUUCCCCCAGUCCCAAGGAGAGGCCUUUCCCUCCGACUCAGCCGCCGCUGGAGUUUGUGCCCCCAGAAGCACCCCCUGCCAGGGAUCAGUGGGUCCCAGAUGAGACCGAGAGCGUCUGCAUGGUCUGCCGCAAAGAGCACUUCACAAUGUUUAACAGGCGUCAUCACUGUCGCCGCUGUGGGCGGCUAGUGUGUGGUUCCUGCUCCACAAAGAAAAUGGUGGUGGAAGGCUGCAGAGAAAACCCUACCCGCGUUUGUGACCAGUGCUACAGUUACUACAACAAAGAUGCACCAGAGGAGAGCCCAUGCCAGUCAGAAGUUCCAGACAACUCUAAGAAUGAAAGCCCCACAUAUUCAGCUGUGGUGAGAGUGCCCAAAGCAACGGAGGUAGAAUGGAUCUUGAGUCUAAAUGAGGAAGAAAAUGAGCUGGUGCGGAGUGAAUUUUACUAUGAGCAGGCCCCCAGCGCCUCCCUGUGCAUCGCCAUCCUGAACCUGCACCGAGACAGCAUUGCCUGUGGUCACCAGCUGAUUGAGCAGUGCUGCAGGCUGUCCGAGGGCCUCACCAACCCGGAGGUGGAUGCGGGGCUGCUCAUAGACAUCAUGAAGCAGCUGCUCUUCAGCGCCAAGAUGAUGUUCGUCAAGGCUGGCCAGAGCCAGGACCUGGCUCUUUGUGACAGUUACAUCAGCAAGGUAGACGUCCUGCAUAUUCUAGUUGCGGCUGCCUACCGCCAUGUGCCGUCUCUAGAUCAGAUCUUGCAGCCAGCUGCAGUGACCAGGCUGAGGAACCAGCUCCUGGAAGCUGAGUACUACCAACUGGGAGUUGAGGUCUCUACAAAGACUGGGCUUGAUUCCACAGGAGCGUGGCAUGCCUGGGGGAUGGCCUGCCUCAAAGCCGGGAACCUCACUGCUGCAAGGGAGAAGUUCAGCCGCUGCCUGAAGCCCCCUUUGGACCUCAAUCAGUUGAGUCAUGGCUCACGGCUAGUCCAGGACGUGGUUGAGUACCUGGAGUCCACAGUGAGACCUCUUGUGUCCUUGCAAGAUGAUGAUUACUUUGCCACCUUGAGGGAGCUGGAAGCUACCCUUCGAACCCAGAGCCUCUUCUUAGAGGCCAUCCCUGAUGGGAAGGUCACGAACAAUGCCUACUACCAAGAAUGUCUCUUCUACCUGCACAACUUCAGCACCAACCUGGCCAUCAUCAGCUUCUACAUGAGGCAUAACUGCCUUCGGGAAGCCCUGCUGCAUCUGCUCAACAAGGAAAGUCCUCCGGAAGUCUUCAUAGAAGGCAUUUUCCAGCCGAGCUAUAAGAGCGGGAAGCUGCACACUUUAGAAAACUUACUGGAAUCCAUCGAUCCAACCCUGGAGAGCUGGGGAACAUACCUGAUGGCCGCCUGCCAGCAUCUGCAGAAGAAAAACUUCUACCACGUCCUAUACGAGCUGCAGCAGUUCAUGAAGGACCAAGUCCGGGCCGCCAUGACCUGUAUUCGGUUCUUCAGUCACAAAGCCAAGUCCUACACGGAGCUGGGAGAGAAGCUCUCAUGGUUGCUCAAGGCCAAGGACCACCUGAAGAUCUACCUCCAAGAAACAUCCCGCAGCUCCGGAAGGAAGAAAACCGCCUUCUUCCGGAAGAAGAUGACUGCCGCUGAUGUGUCCAGGCACAUGAAUACGCUUCAGCUACAAAUGGAAGUGACCAGAUUCUUACAUCGGUGUGAAAGUGCUGGGACCUCUGAAAUCACCACUUUGCCUCUGCCGACACUCUUCGGAAAUAACCACAUGAAAAUGGAGGUUGCCUGCAAGGUUAUGCUGGGAGGGAAAAAUGUGGAAGAUGGUUUUGGAAUUGCAUUCCGUGUUCUGCAGGACUUCCAGCUGGAUGCUGCUGCCACCUACUGCAGGGCCGCCAGGCAGCUGGUCGAGAGGGAAAAGUACGGGGAGAUCCGGCAGCUGCUAAAAUGUGUCAGUGAGUCAGGCGUGGCAGCCAAAAGCGACGGUGACACCAUCCUCCUCAACUGCCUGGAAGCCUUCAGGAGAAUCCCACCCCAGGAGCUGGAGGGACUGAUCCAGGCAAUUCACAGCGAUGGCAACAAGGUUCGGGCCUAUCUGACAUGUUGCAAACUGCGCUCUGCCUACCUGAUUGCCGUGAAGCAAGAACACUCGCAGGCUGCUGCCCUCGUCCAGCAGGUGCAGCAGGCCGCCCAAAGCAGUGGAGAUUCUGUAGUGCAAGACAUCUGCGCUCAGUGGCUUCUGACGAGCCACUCCCGCGGUGCCCACGGCUCAGGCUCCAGGAAGUGACCCUGGGUCGCAGAACCUAGAAACCAUCAUGUGGGAACUACGGCAGCAGGCGCGGUGACACCCAAUGUUCUCCAUCUUCCUGUGGAGCAGGACUUCCGGCCCCGGCCCUGCCCCAGCCUGGAGGGAGCAGGUUGGACCCUACUUGCCUGCGUGGGCAAGAGCAGGUCCUUUCACACAAGUGCCGUGUAAAAUCGUAGAAUCUGUGUUUGUCUGGAGAUAGCCACUUCUUUCUACCUCAGAGUGACUGUGUGUGCGCACAUGCGUGCACAUACGUGUGCAAGCUCCUGUGCACUCACGUUUAUGCCCAAGCAUUUUCUGAACAAAUGAGACUCCUCCAUUGAAGAGAGGCACUUUACUUUCUGCUGAUCUGAAAACCUUCCCCGCAUUUCGGCUCUUAUCUCGGGUCAUCCUGUUUGUCCAUGGUUCCUCUUCUCUAUGCAGACACACUUAAGCAGCAGGGGGUCAACAGAGAAUUACAGAGCAAUGCCAAAAAGAUUGCUUCUUCCUCCUUCCCGAAAUUCAGAGAGAGAGCUUGAGGAGUUCGCCUGUAGACUGACGGCUUUCCCGGCAACACCUCUCACAAGCACAAGGUUUUCAGGUGUGGGCAUCUUAAAGAUAUGGCGACGGUAUAGAUGUUCGGUUCUGGGAGGCGGAGGCAUCCAGAGGGGAGGAAAAGGCAGGCCUCUGAGCGUGGAGCUGGCUCUCAUCACUGUCCCUGCUGCAGGGUUGAUGGGUAAGGACACAUGGCUUUUUCUUUCGGGGUCUAGGGAGAGAAAUGGUAUCCAGGAUCCCGGGGCUGAGUGAGAUGCCAGACAGACUCUACCAAUUUGAGUUCUGUCCUCCUUUGUGCCUCUUGAAUUAGUUAACUAACCGUUUCUCCACCCCUCAUGCUUCCCUUUGGUCUCCUCAGGACCAUGCGUAGAUAUGCCAAGACCUGGCUCGAUGAGGUAGCAGUACACAGAGGGAACGGGGUUCGCUUCAGAGGUGGGUCCACAAAUGAGGUGGAGCAAGGGAAUCACGAGUAAGUCUCGUGCAGUGAAGGGUUUAAUCUGCUUUCACCUGAGAUGAGCCGGGGCUCCAGAGAAAGGAUCUGUCAUCCGGUGACUGACUUGCAAGUGAGAGCCCUGAAGAAAGACCUGUGGCCCCAAGUCUCCCACCAGCCAGAGCUCAGCCUAUUGGUCUCGCCUUUGAUGGCAAGGCAACAGGAAAGUGAAGUCAGCAUCUGUGGUGCUUAGAAGCCCUGUUCAUUUCUUCUAAACCCAAGUUUUUCUUACUAAGCAACUGCUAAUGGACAUCGGUCAGAUCCCAAGCUCUGGUCCUAUUAGAGAAGAAUGGCUAAAGGAAAAUACCAGAUCCCUUAAGGGUUUGGCCUUUUCCUUCUGUGAGUCAUAGAACACACCCCAGCUCCCAGGAGCCGCCAUUGCCUGGUGCCUGCUUGCACUCAAGGCUGUCCUUUUUGCACUGAGCAUAAGCACUUUACACAACUGGGCUGUAAGCCUUGCGGCCCUCGAGUUGGAAUGGCACAACCAGAGUCCCCUGACUUUCUUCUAACUUGAAAUUGUAAAAUAGGUGACCAUUGACCUGGCUAACAGAGAAAAGACUGCAGACCCAAGACAUCGCACUGUGGUCUCCUACAAAGCAACAAUAGCAUCAAAACCGUUGUACACAUUGAGUGGUUGUGUGCCCCACUACAUCCAAGCCACAAUAAACUAUCGAUCCCACUA